AUGAUGAUGAGUGCACUUAAAAUUACCCAUCACAUUAUUCCUGCAUCGCCAAUUCGCAAAUUCUAUGGAAAGAAUGGUGGUCAACUUCGCAUUGCUGUUAAUUCUUACGAGGCCGUCGAGGAUCGAACAAAUUCUGGCGAAAAAACGAUUAUCAUAUUUGCUGCUGCUAACGGAUUUCAUAAAGAAAUUUAUGAACCUGUCAUAAGAAACUUAAUCGAAAGAAGAGAAAGAUGGAACGGUGGAACAAUAUGGGUAUUGGAUGCCUCAAACCAGGGUGAUAGUGCUGUAGCAAAUAAAGACAUUCUGCCUGAUUCUUGUGAGUAUUUGUUGCAAAAAUAUUAG